AUGAAUCCGUCGUACGUUAGUCCGCUUUCCAUAGCCGUCAUCUGUUCCUCAAACAUGAACCGGUCGAUGGAGGCGCAUGGAUUUUUGGCUAAAAAACGCUUCAAAGUGCGAUCAUUUGGCACAGGUGAUAAGGUGAAACUUCCCGGAACAGCAGCGGAUAAACCGAAUGUUUACGAGUUUGGAACGACAUAUGACGACAUCUACAACGAUCUGGCAGCCAAAGACAAGCAAUACUACACCCAAAACGGACUGUUACACAUGUUAGAUCGGAAUAGACGAAUAAAAUCAUGUCCCGAGAAGUUUCAGCUUUGCACGGAAAGGUUCGACGUACUGGUUACGUGCGAGGAACGUGUGUACGAUCAGGUGAUAGAGUUCAUGGAAUCUAAAACACCCACGUAUAACCUUCCGGUGCACGUAAUAAACAUUGAUAUACAGGACAACCACGAGGAAGCAACCGUUGGUGCUUUUUUAAUCUGUGAUUUGAUAACGAUGAUGGCACAAAGCGAAGACCUGGACAAUGAUAUCGACGAGCUACUGCACGAUUUUGAGAAUAAAUGUCAGAGAAGUGUGCUUCAUUGCGUUCAAUUCUACUAGACCGGGCGACGAAAACAACGGCCAUUCGGCUGCAAGUAGAU